AUGCCUCUCGGGUGGCUUCGAGAACCAGGACUCCCCCCAACCUGCCCUGAGACUCUCUCUAUGAGCCCACCGAGCCGAAUUCUGACUCCAGCAGGUCCGUCAGCAGGCUGGGGAUCGAGGAUCCCCAUGGAAGAACCAUACACCCCAACUAUGCCAAUAUCGAAAUUGCCAUCUCGGCAGCCGGAGACCCAUACCGACAUCUCCACGUCGGGAGCGAGCCAGAAGUUGGCACCACCAGCGCAAGGGGAAGGAUCACAAGGGACAGGAUUAUCCGGAGGGUAUUCCUGGAUUGGAACCUUACCGUCCCAUUUGAUUACAACAGCGCACUAUGACAGCAGCAGCAGGCCCAGCAGUGUAGAGCAGAAGAAGAGUGAGCCCGCGAAGAGCUCGCUGAGUACACGCAGGAGCAGGCCCAGCAGGAGUAUGAGGAAGCCGAGUACGACCGACAGGGGUGAGCACGAAGGAGAUGAGAAGACGCAGAAAGGAUGGGCUCCGCCUCCCCUGCAGGGUACAAGCUCCAGUCCUCGGGACCUGAGUCCUCUUUCAGAAAGCCACCCUCCGAUGGAGACCCCUGGACCAGACCAGGAAGCCCAGUCACCAGAAGCGAAGCCGAGAGGAGGGGAAGAAGGCCUUCCCCUCCAGACUUACAGUACCCCAGCAGAACAGACACCAUCACAUCUGACGCUGACUCAGUACUUGACGCCUAUGGGCUCCGGGUACCCAACAAUGCCCACGUCUCCAACCUCGCCCUCCGACGAUUCCUGGGAAGUCGGGUCACCCACCAGUUCCUCCUUCCGGAGUUCUACAGAAACUUCGGCCUCUAUAGCGAGGAACUGGAGAGAGCAAGAACAGCGGGCGGAACAAGGUACUAUGGAGUUCCACCCGUACCAGUCCAGCGAAUCACCGAGGGCGACGCGGGACCCAGUAACGCCGGGGGACUCCCCGUCGACACUAUGA